AUGGCAGGAUAAAUACACAGCAGGCAACAUGAAUGAACUCUGAUUGCUUUUACUAUCAUUUUUACUUCGCAAACAAUGGAAAUGAUGUAUGAUAAAAGAGAGCUACCGCAUCCUUGCAAAUGGGUUCCAGAAUGAAACAGUCCAAAACGAGGUGCCGGGUCCUGUUCCAUGGAAAUUCCCUACAUUUACAUUGAUCGGUUUCUUGCGCUUGAUGGUUGAAAUCUUUCAAAGGGGUCUUCCAGUAAAGAGCACGUGACUUCUCACGAUUUUUCGGUCCUGUUCUUGUAAUUCAAUACAGAGCCAAAAUAUAAUGUGAGACAACUGACCGCUGCGCCUGUUGAAGAGUUGGGCUGUGUGCAUGUGGGGACUGGACAUUUGGACAUCAGACACUGACCACAAGGAAUACCUACAUUUUUCUAAGUCUUUCUGGGUAUUAAACAUUAGUUUAAUAUAAAAUGUAUGAAAUAAUAUUUAGUCGGAUUUUUCUUGGGUUUCCGUUACUUCUCUGGAUGGCAGGUGGGCCUACCCAUGCCGCCUGUCCUAUUGAGCUCAACCCUCUCACAUUGGUGGUGAGAUAUGGAGACUCAGUCUCAGUCAACUGCAGCACAUCAUCCACAGACUAUGAGGGGAUGGGCUGGGAGGCCACAUUAGGAGGUACAGCUUUAGAAGAGGUCAACUAUGUCAUCUGGAAUGUGGAGAAUUUGACAGACUGGACAAUACAACCUGCAUGCUACCUCACACAAAAAGAUGGAGAGCAGUGUUUGGAAAAGUUCCCUGUCAUUCUAUACAAGACUCCAGACAGCGUCUCCAUCUCUGUUCUGAGACACUCUGGUCCCAUGGUGGAGGGGACACAGUACCAGCUGCAGUGUGACAUCCAGAACAUCGCUCCUCUACAGAACCUGGUUGUGAAGUGGUACAAAGGGAAUGAAACUGUAAAAACUGAAUCAUUUCAUAACUCCACGAGGAUCCCAGUGGAUGUGUCCUCCACGCUUAACAUCACCCCCAGGAGAUUUGAGGAUGAAGUAAAGUACAGAUGUGAGGCAGAGCUGGACCUGGGACCAGAGGGACCACUAGCUUCUGUCCUCUCAUCACAGACUCUUCAUUUUGCUGUUUACUUCCCACCACAGAACAUUCUGGAGCUGAGGGACACAGAAGUUGAUGUUGGUUCCCCUACUGGGCUGAAUUGCUCCUCAGAUGGGAACCCCCGGCCAGAGUACUCCUGGACUUAUCACCGGGCUCCCAACGUGAAAUUGAAGAACAAUGAUGGGGGGUCCCUACUGACCAUCGAGCAGGCCACAGGGGGGAACAUUGGGACUUACACAUGCCAUGCCAGUAAUACCCUGGGAAAGGUCUUUAAAAUAGCCAGGGUCUCUGUCAGAGGAGCGGAGCCGGUAUGUCCUAUCAAACUGAUCCCUGAGAGUGUGGUGGUGAAAUAUGGAUCUCCAAUCUCAGUGUCGUGCAGAAACACAACCAGUGUUGAAGAGAUCUACUGGACCACAGGUCCAGAAGUUGUCAAUGACACUACCUGGAGUGUUUUGGAACUCCUAGACUGGGACAUAAGGCCUGGUUGUAAGGCAACCUUUCAGGGGAUUGGAAGAUGCAGUAAGCCUCUGCACAUCACAGUAUACAAGACUCCAGACAGCGUCUCCAUCUCUGUUCUGAGACACUCUGGUCCCAUGGUGGAGGGGACAAAGUACCAGCUGCAGUGUGACAUCCAGAACAUCGCUCCUCUACAGAACCUGGUUGUGAAGUGGUACAAAGGGAAUGAACCCUUAGAUAAUGUAACUUACAGUAAUGUCAGUAAGACACCAGUGGAUGUGUUAGAUACUCUGAUGAUCAGCCCCCGUAGAGAUGAUGAUGGAGCUCAGUAUAGAUGUAGAGCAGAACUGGACCUGGGACCAGAGGGACCACAGCAUACAGUGACAUCAGAACCUCUCAGCAUUACUGUACACUAUAAGCCAUGCAUCAAUGCAUCUCGACUGCCAGUGAGGAUACCUGUGUUCAGGGGCUAUCCUGAGGAAUUAGUGUGUGAGGCUGAGGGUUACCCACAGCCCAGGAUAAAGUGGGUCUAUGACCCAGCGAAGCAUGUCAGUGAGGCGGGAGGCAACCUGACUGUCUUUGAGGCAGGGCUCUACAACUGCACCGCCACCAACAUUGUGGAGACGAGCUUCAUUGUGGUAGAGGUGGUUUUAAAUGAGGACUACCUGCCCCUCAUAGCGGGCUUCGUGGCCUUCAUGGUCGUGGUCAUCUCGGUCAUCUUCGUCUUCAUCUACUCCAUCUACUACAAGAACACCAAGAUGGGCCGCUACAGCCUGAAGAAGGCCAAGCUCAGCAGCACGCCAAACGGCAACGUGGCGCAGAACGGCGGCCGGGACACUCCGCUCCCGAUGACUAAACUGUCUCAGCCAAACAUCAACUUUUAAGAGAACGAGCUUUAUUGGGAUGAGCCACUCUUUCCCCGCUGAGAGACUAAGUGACUAAGUGAGAGACCAAGUGGUUGAGGUGGUUGCGGGUCACAACUCAUUCAGCUGGCAGACGCCGGUCUGGAUUGUGAUAGUUGGGAGUGUCUCCUGACUCUCCUCCAACCUCCCUGUGCUUCAUAUGCACUCCCUUUCCUCUUUAGCACUAAGAUUUGAAGUACAGAUCAGUCCCUCUAUUUCCCCUUCUACUGAAGAACCUGAUGAGGUAGAAUAACCUCUGUUUUUAGUGUGAGCUUUAUGAUCUAUUCUACACAUUCAAAGUGUAGCUGAUGUUUUCUCUGAAGGACAAGAAGAAGUAGCAGCAAAUGGACAAGUUGAAAUCCCUCUUUGGAAAUUGGCUUAAUUGAAAUGUAUUUUUUUACAUGACUGGUUUUGGAACAACUGGUUUGUAUUGCAUAAGCACCAACAAGGAAAUGGUUAUGUCAUUUUGAAUGUCUUUUUUUAGUUUGGUCUGAUGACAAUGUAAUUGCUGUCACAUUAUGCAAUUGCUUGAAGAGCAGCACAUGAUUGAAAUUGUGAGAAUGUUCCCUUUGCCUGGAUGUGAUGUCUUGCUCGUGACAAGAAGCUUGGAGUGUAACCUGCAGUACAGUGGAGGCUGCUGAGGGGAGGACGGCUCAUAAUAAUAGCUGGAACGGAGUGAAUGGAAUGGCAUCAAACACAAGGAAACCAUGUUUGAUGUAUUUGAUACCAUUCCACUAAUUCCACUCCAGCCAUUACCACGAGCCCGUCCUCCCCAAUUAAGGUGCUACCAACCUCCUGUGCUACAGUAUAUGCACACAACUUAUUUAGGUUGUGAGCACAAUGAUCACUGAAAGCAAUUAAUAUAGCCUACAUGUGAAAAGUAUUAUUUCCCCAGAGUGUGAAUUAUUCCAUGACAUUCAGGGGUCUUUAUUUAUUUCGACUUCCUAAAAAAAGAACAUUGGUGAGGGGGCCCAAUAGUAAAGAUAUAUUUUUUACAGUAAACAUGUGUUACCUUUUAAAAUGGCAUGAACACUAACAGUCAUGAUGUUUUCAUCUGAUUCUCAAACAAAUCACUUCAAAAAGUAUUAAGCUACCUGUGCACUUCUGUCCACAAAAUAAUUCCAGCUUCCAAACAGUGCACCCGCCAUUUCACGAAGGGAAAGAGACAUCUGUUACAAAAGACCAAAAAGUGUACUGACAGUCAGUGAUUGUAAGGAAGCCUACACUCUUGUAGCCUGAAUUCAUUAAUGAGUCUUGCUGACAAAUGUACAUUAAAAAAAAAUUCUGGACACCUGAAAAUGGGCUGAAAUACGGGACACAACUACAGCUGUCUGUCCCAAGCUCAUGUCAGGGCCCAGUUGAAACAAUGUUGCAAAGCUCAAAACAGACAUCAGAGGCAGACAGGUGGAGAAUGAAUGCGAUUGAAAGAACCUGAACCAGGUGAAACCAGCGGUGAGCUCAUGUCUCAUUUGAGGGUCAGAGAUACUCUGUUACUACUCUACACUGUUCCACUGCAUCUGGAGUCUUCAGUGUUUUAACUGCAUUACUGUAAUGCCUGACUGCAUGUGAGUUCUGAAGGUGUGGAAGGGGCAGUUGGUGUGUGGUUGCCUCUUCCUGUAAGUAGAUUGAAUCAAGCCAUUCUGCCUGUAUUAUCAAAUGCAGGAGUCAAGAGAAAGCCUGGAGCUCAAGAGUAAUGUCAAUACUUUUUAGGUCCCACUGCACAUUGUGGCCUAAAACCUUUGUAAUUACAUGGUAGUUACAUUGUUACAUAGUCCUUACAGCUGUUAUACCGGUUUGUUAUACAGUUACAGGCAUGUAACACUUUGUAAUUACAUGGUAGUUACAUUGUUACAUAGUACUUACAGCUGUGAUACUGGUUUGUUAUACAGUUACAAGUAUGUAACACUUUGUAAUUACAUGGGUUUGUUAUACAGUUACAAGUAUGUAACACUUUGUAAUUACAUGGUAGUUACAUUGUUACAUAGUACUUACAGCUGUUAUACCAGUUUGUUAUACAGUUACAGGUAUGUAACACUGUAAUUACAAGGUGCCCAUAUACACUCACCGGACAGAUUAUUAGGUACACCACCCAAUUCACGAAAAUGAAUCACUCCUACAGACAGUUAGUCACCUGGCCGUGGCAUGCUAAAUAAAUCAGGCAGACGGGCAUCAAAGCAUAUAAUUAAUGUUCGAUUGAACGUUAGAAUGGGAAAAACGAGUGACCUAAACGACUUUGAGCAUGGCACACCAAAUCCAGUAUCUCAGAAACGGGCGCCCACGACCCAUCUUGCCUGGUGUCAACAGUACAGGCUGGUGACGGUGGUGUAUCACCGUCCAAACUGCAGCAACUGCGUGAUGCCAUUGUGUCAGCAUGGAACAACAUCCCUGUGGAACAUUUUUGACUUGUAGAAUCCAUGUCCCGAAUAAUUCAGGCUGUUCUGGAGGCAAAGUGGGUCUGACUCGGAACUAGAUGGGUGUACCUAAUAAACUGACCAAUGAGUGUAUGUAACUGCAAUGUAAAUGCAUAUGUUUUAGGCUACUUCAUGUAAACUCAAAGCCUUUUGUGUAUGUAAUAUAAAAUAUAGAACUGUAUAUUUAAUAAAGUCUGCAAAAAUGAGUGCCUCUACAUUUAAGGGCCCAUAGAGUAUGUGGAGAAUAGAUUGCAAAGGGGGGGGGGUGGCUUAUAGGGAAGAAGAGAACAAUUAAUAUUGUACAAAGGGAUGGUCAGUGUAGAUUUUCUACCAAUAUUGGUCCUCUGGUUGUUAGGAGAGUGAGUUUCUCCCCUGAUCCCCUUUCACCAGUAUGUAGUUUACACAAACGUCUGUGGAGAUCUUUUGUUUCACAAUCCUCUCAUGUAAAUACUCCUGAAUUAAGAAAUUCAUUUGUAUUAAUCUUUUGUAUAAUAUUGCUUUGAGUUAUCAUUAAAAUAUUGAGUUUUUAUGAUGAUAA